AUGCAUCUGACACAGGUUCUGAUUUAUCUGAGUUUCAUGGUUGCUUUCGGUCCAGUGGGUCUUGGUGAUCAAACCGCGCACCACCAGCCCCCUGCCACAGAUAACGGCGAGCAGUGCUCAACAUGCGAGGUCCGACAGCAGAUCAAAAACAUGAGAUUACACGCAAUCAAGUCCCAAAUUCUUAGCAAACUGCGACUCAAGCAAGCUCCCAAUAUCAGCCGAGAUGUUGUCAAGCAACUCCUGCCAAAGGCACCACCUUUGCAGCAACUUCUUGACCAGUACGAUGUACUUGGAGAUGACAGUAAGGAUGGAGUUAUGGAAGAAGAUGAUGAACAUGCCAUCACAGAAACAAUCAUGACAAUGGCCACUGAACGUAAGUUUAACAGACUAUUAUUCAAUGCAACUAUACACUGAGUGUACAAAACAUUAGGAACACCUGCUCUUUCCAUGACAUAGACUGACCAGGUGAAUCCAGUUGAAAGCUAUGAUCCCUUAUUGAUGUCACUUGUUGAAUCCACUUCAACCAGUGUAGCUGAAGGGGAGGAGACAGGUUAAAGAAGGAUUUUUAAGCCUUGAGACAAUUGAGACAUGGAUUGCGUAUGUGUGCCAUUCAGAGGGUGAAUGGGCAAGACAGUAUAUUUAAGUGCCUUUGAACGGGGUAUGGUAGUAGGUGCCAGGCGCACCGGUUUGAGUGUACGCUGCUGGGUUAUUCACGCAGCAAAAACAGUUUCCGGUGUGUAUCAAGAAUGGUCCACCAACCAAAGGACAUCCAGCCAACUUGACACAACUGUGGGAAGUAUUGGAGUCAACAUGGGCCAGCAUCCCUUUGGGACGCUUUCGACACCAUGCCCCGACUAAUUGAGGCUGUUCUGAGGGCAAAAGUGUCUGCAACGCAAUAUUAGGAAGGUGUUCCUAAUGUUUUGUACACUCAGUGUUUAAUAACGUUAAAAAGGUACCAGAGCGCAGCUGUUUUUACGCAUGGGGCACAGAGAGCACCUGCAUGUCUGAUCCCGUGUUACUUGCACCACUAUGUUGAGAAUAGGUUGGAAUUUCAUACGAAUGAUGGAAUAUUUUUGAUCCGAAAAACCACUAUAGAACAUUACGCAGUAAAUUUACGAACAAUUAAGCACGAGCCGAGUUCCAUCUUAUAAUGUGCCAGUGUCACUCUCUGGUGUUGAGUGUGGAGGUUCUAAAACUAGAUAGGCUAGGCUAUAUUGGAGGAUACCCUGGAGAUUACACAUUGUUGUGUUUUAUAGUAUAUCAAUACUUGUCAUGACAUUGUAACUUUAAAUAUACCUUUUGAAAUUGGUUUACCAAGGGGUUUCUGUAACGAAAACACAAUUGUGGCUUGUGUUAAAUACAACUGCAAACUUGUUUUUGCAGUCAUUUAAUUUAGUUUAUAAAUCACAUUUUAUUGUGGAAAUAGAGAUGACAUUUCCAUAUUGUAAUUAAUGUUCUAAUUUCUCUCCUACAGCCGAAUCCAUCGUCCAAGUUGAUCGGAAACCCAAGUGUUGCUUGUUCUCCUUCAGUUCGAAGAUUCAGGUGAACCGCAUAGUUCAUGCGCAGCUAUGGGUGCACCUUCGGCCAGCUGACGAAGUCACCACGGUGUUCCUACAAAUCUCCCGCCUGAUGCCUGUCACGGACGGGGGCAGGCACAUAGGUAUCCGGUCUCUAAAGAUCGACGUGAAUGCAGGAGUCAGCUCUUGGCAAAGUAUCGACGUGAAACAAGUGCUGUCGGUGUGGCUGCGGCAGCCGGAGACGAAUUGGGGGAUCGAGAUUAAUGCGUUCGACUCGAAGGGAAAUGAUCUGGCCGUUACCUCAGCAGAAGCGGGAGAAGGACUGGUGAGUUUAGAUUUAUCUCCCAUCGAAGCAAUUUACAAAUAGUUUUGUAGUUUAUCAUCGUGGGAUCUAUGGGAAGUAAUCCAUAACCCAUGUAUUAAUGCGUAAUAAUGCAAUAUCAACAUUUACUUGUUGUGCCAAUUCAUUUUUGUGUCGAAUUGUGUGGCAAGACUCACUUAGAACCAUGGCUCAGAGGGGUUUUGGCACCCUGUGGAUUUGCUCUCAUGUGCUUUUAUGUUUAGCUAACAAUCACAUUUUAAAAGUACUUUAGAAUCUUUAGUAUAAACACACAGACCUAAUUUAAGGAGUUCAUCUAUGACAUAAUAUUUGCCCUGGCCACCAAUAAUCUCAUGUCCUAUCACCUGAUUACAUAAAAAUUCACAUUGUUCACAUGGCCAGAAAUUCCAGAAGUCUUCUGUGGUACUGUGCUAAUCAGAGUAAGAGUAAUUGCCUAAAGCUUAAAAUAGCCUUUGUCCACAUGACGAGGAAGACAUUUCCUUGUUUUACUGUCCUUGUGGGGACUUUUGGGGAUUUUAGGUCCCCACAAGGAUAUAAGUACCCACCCACACACACACAUUUUCAGUGGUUCAAAGUAUCACAACACCAGGUUUGAAACCUUAAUGUAAAGGUUCAGCAAUGUUUUAUUGGAGUAAAAAAAUCAAAUAUGUUUCCCAAUGUGUCAACCAAUGCCUGUUUCAUGUUUUCAACCAUUCUGUAUUGUGCCCUUACAGCAACCCUUCAUGGAGGUGACGAUUUCGGAGGGCCCGAAGCGCUCCAGGAGAGACUCGGGCCUGGACUGUGACGAGAACUCCCCCGAGUCCCGCUGCUGCCGCUACCCCCUCACGGUGGACUUUGAAGACUUUGGCUGGGACUGGAUUAUUGCCCCCAAACGCUACAAGGCCAACUACUGCUCUGGUGAGUGCGAGUACAUGCACCUGCAGAAGUACCCCCACACCCACCUGGUGAACAAGGCUAACCCCCGGGGCACCGCAGGGCCCUGCUGCACCCCCACCAAGAUGUCCCCCAUCAACAUGCUCUACUUCAACCGCAAAGAGCAGAUCAUCUAUGGCAAGAUCCCCUCCAUGGUAGUGGACCGCUGCGGCUGCUCGUGA